CAGUGAGAACUAUUACUUCCUGGGAGUUCCCAGUCACUGCCAACGACAGCUCUCAGACAGCUGUAUUCCCUGUGACAGGGACACGAUAUUAUACAGCUUGCAGGAUAUCCCAUUUUUUUUUUUAAGAGAGCUAUUGUGACACCGCUGCGCUGAGAUGGUCUAGUUACCCCUCACGGCACCCCGACGCGACCUGUGACAGCCAGAUCGUUAGCUGCGCAUGAAUUACCCAGCCAUGGAAUCUGAAAAGCGCAGACCAAGGGCCAUACGAAAACCUGAUUCGAGUUAUUCAAGCAAUAGGUUGACUAGGAAUAUCCAAGGCCGUCACCUUUUGUCGACGUUUAAUCUUGACCCUCGUGAGGAGAGGAGUCUACGGAGUGACUCGAAGGGCAGCGACAAACCCACAUCGUCUCCUACAGAUGCGACUUUCGAUCAUGAGCCGCUGAGUUCGCAGAGUGGCGACGGCGACGGCGAUGGCCUGGAGACGGACGACUCGACAGAUGAACUGGCUCCUACUCCCCGACGGAAAACGCUGGAGGAGAGAUUGGCGACGGAUAACGGCGAGACGACGGCAAGUACGGAGCCGGCGAGUUCCAAUGGGAAAGAGUCGGGAUCGAAAAAAGGGGAUCCUACGCGGGAGUCAGGAAAACAGAACUUGACUCAAACCAAUCGGACCGCCAAACGAAAGGCCGAGGAAGAGGAAGAACUGUUUUCGUCGUUUAGCCGUUCACAGUCCAUCAAACGGCAGAGAAGCAGAAAGUAUGGAGACCGCAAGGCGACUGCUUCAUUUAGCUCCAGCCUGCCCUCGGAAUCUGCGUCACCCCAGUUCAAGCACCCGAGAAGCAUUCCCAGUGCGCUGCGGCAGCGGAAGGAGGAAGAGGAAGACGACCACAGCUUCAAGAUGCCGAUAGAGUUCGAACCUCCACGAAGGACAAAGGCGGCCGACAAAGCCAAGGGCGACUCUCAAGUGGCCACCGAUGAUCUCUCCGACCAUGAAUUCAAGCAGCCACUGGCUUUGCAUGACACUGUUUCUAGCUCCUCGGUCACGGUGUCGACUAAGAACACCCAGCAGUAUUUGGACCACUUUGACUUUUCUUCGUCUCUCAGCCCGCUGUCAUCUCCUCCAUCAUCUAGCGGGAUCGAAGACGACAUCAUAUCUAAAACUGGAGACGACGACAACGACACGAGCGAUCUCCCGGCCGAUGAGCCUCGGUGUCCCUCGUGUAAGGAGAUUGUCAACAGAGACAUGCUGGUUGACUUCCUCGCGCAACCGCGACAACGAAUCCGUGACCGGCAGAGGUUCUGUGAAUCCCACAAGAAAGCUUCUGCCGAGCGGGAAUGGAAGGAAAAGGGAUUCCCUACCAUCGAUUGGGACACCUUUGACGAGCGGAUCCGCGCUCACUUCGACGACCUAGAAAGUCUCCUGGUUCCAGACAGCACGUCAUACUAUCGGAACAUCCUUGACAGCGCUCUGAAGGAAGGCAAGGCUAAGAACUUCCGGCUGAGUCUCAGCGGAGACGGCCUGGAGACCAUUUCUUGCGGCUACUAUGGAUCUCGGGGGGCGAGCAAAAUGCUCCAUGCGGUGACCACCCGUUUUUCGCGAAAGCUUCGCCGUCUAGCUGCGAGCGAUCGGAUCGUCAAGGGGGCAGGAGUGGCAGGCUACGCGCAGAGCGUCCUCGUUCCAGAACUGACCAUCCGUCUAGUGAAGGAAGACAUGAACGUGGGCGACGAAAAGGCGCGGCAAAUCCUACGCGAAACCAUCACGCUGGGCGAACAGGUGAACUUUGCUCUGGACGACGUGAUACAAAUCCCCGCCGAAGAAGACCCUGGUACGAUCAUUGAUGGAUAGUAGUAUCCUCGAUUUCUCGAUUUACUGUUCAGUUCUAUACCCAGCAACUGUAUAUACUUAAGUUAUCUUCAUUUUCUGUAACUAGUCAUGAUAUGAAUCAUCGAUAAUCAAAACUUUGAAGCCAUAUCACUGACAGCAGAUAGCAGACAGUAAACACCCUUGUAAUCUCCUGCAAUAAUACAACUCUUUACAGUCCAAUAUGUAGUAAACCCCGAUGCUACGCUGCAGCCUCUAAGCGACCCCGAUCGGCGAAUUCGUCAUCGGUUGCUGAUAAGACAAGACAAGCAAGGUGAGCUCCCUGGA